AUGAAGAAACUGAGCAGAAACUUAGCCACCCUGAGCUUGAUGAUAAUUACGGUAUUGACAUGGACCAAGGUUGUGGCCGGACAAGAAGCACUAUUGGGAAAGAAAGUAUUGGGGUUGUGCCAUAGAGAAUGUAUGCCAAUAUGCAUGAAAGUGACCGAAGCAACGCAAGAUGUUUGCGACCGUGCUUGCCAAGCGGGUUGUCUUCAGCUUCAAGGUCGAGGCACCGGACUUUCAGCCACCGAUCAAGGUGCCGAUAUGGUCAUUGCAUAG